GAAUGUAAGAAAAAGCAUGUGAUAUUGUGAUCUGGGACUGGGCCAACAUACAUAAUACUACAUUAGAGAGAGAGAGAGAGAGAGAGAGAGGGACGUGAACACCGACUGGGCGUUCGGUGCUCUGCUGAUUACGGUUGUGCCCCCCACCGCUCCGCAUAUUUAUAGACAAAAAGGACUUCAUGUCUAACAUAGAGGAUAACAAAGAACUUGGACAGAUGGAGGUGGAUGCAUCUGCAGGAUCAACUAACAUGCCGUCGCCCCAGAAGGAGGAGGAAGUUGUAAAGAAGAAAUAUGGAGGAAUGAUGCCCAAAAAACCACCACUCAUAUCUAAGGACCAUGAGCGUGCAUACUUCGAUUCUGCUGAUUGGGCACUGGGAAAGCAAGGCGGUGGCAAGCCCAAGGGACCACUUGAGGCUCUUCGGCCUAAAUUACAGCCAACACAGCAGCAAACACGAUACCGGAAAUCUCCUUAUGCUCCUUCUGGAGAAGAAGGGGGAAGUGUUCCAUCUGAGGAUGCAACUUCCAAUGAGUAAGCAGCACUCUCUCCAUUGAUGAUGUGCUGACUUUUGUUCUGAUACCUCAGUAGGUAUGACUUCUUGUUGUUUUCAACAAUAAAAAGCAGUUUAUCAUGUAUUCAUAUUAGAAGAAGACAAAUGAUUUGACUUGCAGCUAUGUUGUACACACUUACUGGGAUUGUGAUUUUUGUUUUCUACUCAUAUUCCCCCUCCCCCUAUCUUCCUUUA